AUGAGUUACAGUUCCACACGAAAAGAAGCUUUGGAGCUUUAUAGGAGUGAAGAGCUACCGAGCAUUUACAACAGCCACAACACAAGCCCGGGCUCCAACAUGCUAGACACACCCAGCACCCUCAGACGUAGCAAGGAAAGACAGUUGAGUGUCGUCGACUGGCACGGCAACGACGAUGCGGCAAACCCCAGGAAUUUUCUCUCGUGGAAGAAGGACAUCAAUAUCGGUUGCAUAUUCAUCAUGUGUUUUGUAUCACCAUUCACGUCCUCCGUCGUCGCGCCAGCAAUGCCAGACAUCAUAAGAGACUUCGCAUCAACCGAUGCCUAUCUCUCUGCCUUCGUCCUGAGUAUCUACGUCCUAGGCUACGCGUUCGGUCCCCUUCUCAUAAGUCCCCUUUCGGAGCAAUACGGCCGACUGCCUUUGUACCACGGAUGUAACGUGCUUUUCACGGUAAGCACCUUCGCAUGCGGACGAUCCAACUCUCUAGGCACCUUGGCUGUCUUCCGCUUCCUCGCCGGCGUGGGCGGUAGUAGCGUAUUCGCCCUCGCGCCAUCUAGCAUCGGUGAUCUCUGGGUGAAAGAGAAACGCGGGGGGGUCAUGGCCUUGAUAGGAUUGGCGUAUAAUCUCGGUCCAGCGAUUAGUCCUACAGCGGGUAGCUACCUCAACGCUGCGAGAGGGUGGCGGUGGAUAUUCUAUCUUACUGCUAUUUUGGGUGGGGUGAGUACGGCGCUCAGCAUGGUAUGUUUGUCGGAGACGUAUGAACCGGUUCUACUCCGUCGAAAAGCUGCACAGUUGCGGAAACACACGGGAAAUAAGGAUUUAAGGGCCAAGUCUGAUUUGGACGCUGGGACGAGCAAGUUGGUAGCUUUUCGCACGGCGAUGGUCAUGCCGCUACGCAUGCUUUUCCUGUCUCGACCGAUCUUCUUUACCUCGCUGCUCACGGCUAUUGGAUACGGAUCCCUAUAUAUCUUGUACACGACCAUCCCGACAACAUUCGUCGAGACUUACGGAUGGGCGCCCAAAAAUCUGGGCCUUGCUUAUCUCGGUACGGCUGUCGGUAACCUCAUUGGUAUGCUUGGAGGCGGUGCAAUUAGUGACAGCCUCGUCAAGCGGAAGGCACUCAAGGGCGACGCGAGACCGGAGAACAGGUUGCUACCCAUGAUUUUCUGGUGGCCGCUUGUGAGUAUUGGGUUGUUCAUCUAUGCUUGGACGGCUCAGUAUGGUGUGCACUGGAUUGCGCCAUUGAUCGGAACGGCGGUGUUUGGUGCUGGGUCCAUGAGCGCUAUCUUCUUCACAGGCACAUAUAUCCUAGACGCCUACCCAGUCCACUCCGCAUCUGGCAUGGCCGCCUGCUCAGUCAUGCGCUCGCUCGUCGGCGGUCUUGCGCCCCUCUUCUCGCAUAAGAUGUAUCAGAAGCUUGAUGUGGGUUGGUCUUUCUCGUUACUUGCGUUUAUCGCUCUUGCUUUCGCGCCCGUACCGUGGGUAUUUUAUACUUUCGGUGAGAAAUGGCGUGCUGGUGAGCGUUAUGCAGGGAGGGGCGAUACGGGUGGGUUGGAGCGAGAACAGGUGGGAUCAAGGGUCGUGAUGGUCGAGGUAGAUGGGAAGGCGCUUGCGUGA